AUGUCUGGCAGGCUAGAUCAAUCCCUCGAUUCCAUCAUUGAUAGCCAGAAGAAGGCGAAGCGUGAAGCUCGUCGUCGCAAGGUCGGAAAGCCAGCUGGUGCAACCGCUCCUGUUGGUGGUGUCAAGAAGGCAACCAAACCAGUCAAGUCAGUCAUCAAACCUGCGGCCGGCGCCUCAGCUCAAGCACGUUCAAGCAAGAUUGUCGUCAGUGGACUGCCAUUCGACGUCAACGAAGCCCAGAUCAAGGAAUACUUCGGCAAAUCUGUAGGCAACGUCAAGAAAGUCUCUUUGCAAUACAAUCAAAAUGGCCAGAGCCGCGGCAUCGCCGACAUCAUUUUCUCCAAGCCAGACUCUGCAGCCAAAGCAGCCAAAGACCUCAACGGAAUGCUCGUUGAUAAGCGACCAAUGAAGGCAAGCACGACUUCACCUACCAUUGAAGUGGUGAUGGAUGCCAGCAGCGUUCCAGAACCAGCACCGGCAAAAUCUCUUGCGGAACGUGUUGCCGCCAAUCCGAAAGCUCAACCAAAAUCUGCCACCGCAGUCAAGAAGGUGUCCGGAAAGGAUGGGACCAAAGGACGAUCUGCCGGCAAGCCCGGCAAGCCAAAGCGUGGCCGUAGCUCUCGUCCAAAGCCGAAGACCGCUGAAGAGCUUGAUGCUGAAAUGACCGAUUACUGGGGAGGCAAUAAUCCAUCUGCCGUUGGAGCAUCGAACGAAGCUGCCACCGCCAAUGGUACAGCUCCCGCAGCUAACACCGGUGAUGACAUGGGCAUGGACGAGAUUUCAGUGAGCGAUGUCGAAUUCAUCUGCUAA